CCAUUUGAUUGAAGUUCCUCCUCAUCGUCUUCAACUUUCUCAUCGUUAAAUUUAUCUUAUAACAACAACUAAAAACUCUUCGUUUACAUAACUCGAAAAUCAAGUCAGCGAUUACAACCAGUAAGUUAAAUAACUGUUCUCUUUUUUAAAAUCGCUAGCCGUUCAAUUACCUGUAAAAUUAAUUUUUAAUGCUCGAUUAGCUUUCUGAGUAUUAUUUACUUUCUGGGUUUUGUUUAUUUGUAGUGAUUAUGCGUUAUUUUGCUGCAAUUUUGAGAUAAAUCAACUGGGUGGUUGUAAAGGUGGUAUAAUCUCAAGGUUUUUAUUUAAGGGUUUGUGAAUUUAUCUAUUAAUUUGUUUUAAAUAUGGCAUCUAACCAUAGUAAUACUAGUAAUACUCACACUGAAGCUGCCAAAGUAGAACAAAUUAUUACUGAAUUCUUUGCUAAAAGUCUCCAUAUAAUAUUGGAAUCGAGGUCCUCGUUUAUGUCGUCGCGUAAUUAUAGUGGAGAACAAGUUUUUUCGUCUCCGUCUCCGUCUUCGUCAUCAUCGUCUUCUUCGGGUGUUAGGCCGCGGGAUAAAUGGUUUAAUUUAGCUCUUAGGGAAUGCCCUGCUGCUCUUGAGAAUCUUGAUAUUUGGAGGCAGGGUAAUCUUGAACCUAUGGUUGUUGAUGUUGUAUUGGUCGAGAGGCCGCUUGAUUGGGACCCGCUUAAUUGUUCCCCGAGAAAGGAUUUUGGUAGGACUUGGAAUUUUGAUCAGGAAGAAGUGGGUUGUGAUGCUGAUAAGAGCGAAAAGAUUGUCGAGAGAUGGAUACUGCAAUAUGAGAGUAGGAAGACACGGGACAGUGGUUCUGGUAGUAGGCGAUCGAGUAAUACUUUGCAUACGUUGUAUAAGAAAUCGAUUUUGCUUUUGAGGUCUUUGUAUUUAACUGUUAGGCUUCUGCCUGCAUAUAAGAUUUUCCGUGACUUGAGUUCAUCUGGACAGAUUCAGACAUUUACUCUUACUCAUAGGGUAUCUUCUUUUGCUGAUCCAUUCAGCCGCAAAGAAGAGGCUGAAAUGCAGCGAUUCGGUUUUAGUCCUGUUGAAACAUCUUCUGGUAGGCUUUGCCUUUCAGUGUUGUAUCAUGCAUCACUGUCAGAUGUAAGAUCGGAAUCAUCAACCCCAGUCUCCCCACAGUUUAUCCCUAAUUAUGUUGGGAGUCCAUUGGCAGACCCGAUAAAAAGGUUUCCCUCUCUUCCUGCGUCACAUGGUUCUCCGUCAUCUUUGCCAUUCUCAAGACGACACAGUUGGAGUUAUGACCGUUAUAAAGCUUCACCACCUUCAUUUUCAUUCUCCCCAUCUCCGACUCAUUCAGAAUCACAUGCUUCGCUUUCUAAUCCAAAUUAUCGUCGCUUACUACAAGUGAAUUUGCCCCCUCAUCCACCUGAAACAUCUUCUAGUUAUAAGAAGAAUACAAGCUUUGAUGAGUAUAGUCCUUCUCCUAACUUCACCCCCUCACCAUCCCCUUCACCACCAAUCUACAUUCCCGGUAGCCAUCUUUCUAAAGCUCUUUUGCGAUCUGAAAGUGCACCAGUUAGCAUACCUGCAUCCAAACUUGUUGGCUCUCCUGUGUUGUCCAGCAAGCAAAAUUUGCCUCCAUCGCCUCCAAUCAAAGGAAUCAGAUCCAGUAAUCCUAGAGCUGAUAGAAAUGCAGGUCAGGCCCAGACUGGUAUAUCAGUUGAAAAGUGUUUCUCUCUUGGGAAAUAUGAUGUUAAAAGGUAUUCGGGAAUGAAGAUAUCAUCCAACUGUUCUCCGCAGAUUUCAUAUUCUAGAAGUUCCAGCAGGUCUUACCAGGAUGAUUUUGAUGAAUCGGAUUUUCCUUGCCCAUUUGAUUUGGAGGAAGAUGAUAUGACAGAUCCUGGUAGCAGGCCUGAAUCAUAUGAUCAAAAGGGUCCUUUGUUUGAUCCACUUGAGCCGGGAGGAUUAUUUCCAAUAAAAAUAUCACAGGACGCUGCUGUUGGUGCUCUCGUGCGCAUGUUGAAGAAAGCACCACCUCUGCGCCAAGACUUCUCCACUUCAGUCGACAUCUUGCAAGAGUCCCGUCCGAAAUUAUGUAACAGCAACCUUCAGGAGCAUAUUCAAAUAUCUGAGACACCUGCAUUUCAGCAAGUUUCUUCAAGCAUUGCAUCUUCAGGGUUUGUCGCCUCAAAGACAACGGCUGAUGCGCUUGAAGAACUCCAGGGUUACAAAGAGAUCAUGAAAGAGUUAUUACUUAAUCAAGCCAGUAGGUCCAGCACAUCAGUCCAACACAUCGGGUAAUGGCACUUAGAAGCGGCAACGCAACUGCGUGAAAUAAUGUUAAUACUUGCACAUAUGUACAGAAUAUGGUUUUAAGAGGUAAUUUCAUAGAAUACAGAUGAAUGUUUUAUUAGCGCCCAUUUCGGUGUGUAUAUACGAGGCGACAUGAGAGGAUGAGUGAGGUUUAUAUGAUGACAAAAGGUUUAUCAGCGGAACCACAAUUCCAGUAUAUUUUGUAGGUAAAUCUGUACUGUAUCUACAGCUAUUUUUAACAUAUUGGGAGCUUGGCCUCUAUGCCAUGCAUCUAUAUAUAUUUUGUUGGUAAUCCGUACAA